AUGGAAAAAACACAAAUGAUGGAAGAAACAGCAUCCGACGACAAUAUUCCCAAAACUCCUUACAACACCAGUCAUGGUGAUUCAACCGAACAUUCUCCACAUAUUCAACUUUGUAACAACCCAUGUUGUUUUUUCUGCAUGAUGAAAGAACAAAAUCCAUCUCUCCGAAAAUCAAAAAUAUCAACGUACUUCAAAGAAAUGCCUCAAAGAGACGAUCGUGAACAUGUCUUAGUCCUCAGUGGACUAUGGAACAUAGCCAUGACACAACCCAACAAUCCAGAGUUUCCUUCUCUUGGCAUAUUCAACUGCAUGGCGAAACUCAUCAUCAAAGGUACAAAUAACAAAAACUGGCUUCUUCAAAAUCAAAACAUUUACAUACCUUAUUAUGCUGCUCAUAUUAUUGGUUCUUACACCAUGCAUAAAGAGGAGUUUGCACAGAUAGCUAUUCAAUCUGGUGUUAUACCACCAUUGGUAGAUCUUCUGAAAGGUGAAAUUAGUUGGGUUGAACAAAGAGUUGCUGUUAGAGCACUUGGCCAUUUAGCUAGUUACAAAAGCACUUUUGUAUUAGUCUCUGAGUAUGAAUCUGAGUUGGUGAAAUCAUCAAUGAAUUUGGCUUCAUCUUGCUUAGAAAAAAUCUAUGUUGAAUUUGUAUCUGUUAAGAGAAGAGUUGAGUAUCAUAGAAACUUGCUUACAAGAGGUUUAGGUGAUUUAGAAAUGGAGAAUCGAAAAGCUGAAGAGUGGGCUAGUCAACUUCAAUGUUGGUGUAUUCAUCUUCUGAAUUGCUUUGCUUCCAAAGAUUCUAAGUCUUUGAAUUUAAUAUGCAGAAAGGUUUUUCUGAAUGAUCUGUGUGAUAUGUGGGGUGGAUUGGUAAAUAACACUUCACCAGGUGGAUUUGGACUCAUUAGAAUCCUUUGUUAUAAUAAGUUUGGAAGAAAAAAAAUUGCUGAGUCACCAAAAGUUUUGAAAAGUUUAUGUAACCUCUCAAGAUCUUGUGAUGAUUGGCAGUACCUAGGUAUAUAUUGUCUUUUAUUGCUUCUCAAGGACCAAAAUACAAGGUACAAAGUUGUUGAUAUUGAAAAUGUUGAUGUUGUUUCAUGUCUUGUUGAUCUGGUUGAACUUAGAAGACUUGGUGAUAAAUCAAACGUUGGUGAAACUAUCACCAAGGUGCUAAUGCAACUUGUUGAACAUAAUAAUAACGCUACGAAUCUUAUCUCUCUGAAUUCGAAGGUUGAUAGGAGGAAUAAGGAGAGAGUAAUGUCGGAGGUGGAAUUGAAAGAAAAAAUGGUUGCGGCGAAGUUGAUAAAGAAAAAAGGGAAUAAAAUGGUUAGUUUGGGAAAGGUUGAAGAAGCUUUAUUGAAAUAUUGUGAAGCACUUGAAGUUUGUCCAUUGAGGUAUAGAAAUGAAAGAAUGGUGAUUUAUAGUAACAAAGCUCAGUGUAGUCUUUUGCUUAAAGAUCCAGAUUCUGCUAUAAGUGAUUCAACACGUGCUCUUUGUUUAUGUAAUCCAGCAAAUUCACAUGGAAAAAGUCUUUGGAGAAGAUCACAAGCUUAUGACAUGAAAGGAAUGGCAAAAGAGAGUGUUAUGGAUUGUAUAAUGUUUAUGAAUGGCUUUAUUAAGUCAAACGAGAACAAAAGAGUUAAGGUUCCUUAUCAUGUUGCUAGGAUGUUCUGUAAACAAAUGGAUGCCACGUGGCUAUUUAGGAAUCCUUGUCCAAAGUCAAAGUCAAAGGUAAUACAGAAGAGUGAGAAUGAGAGCAACUAUGGAGAGCAACCCUGUGAUGAUGAUAAGAAGAAUUUCAUGCCAGGUUUGUGUAGCAUAAUGGAAGAACCUUUUGAUGGGAAAGGAGGUAGAAGGAGAAAGAUGGAAAGAGCAAAAAGGAGAUUAAAGAAAGGUGUUGCUGUAGCUCGAUUAAUGUGA